UGAAAAAUGUAUGUACUCACUCGCUCUAGCGCGUCUACUAAAAUGUAAAUGUAUUAUUUAUGCGACAAAUGCUUGUGAUUAAUCAGACAGCCAGACAGAAUGGGCAUGGUAUAUCCCCACGUCUCGUUCGUUGCCUUGGUUACAUGGCGCUAUCAACACUGAAAGCAAAGAGAGAAAAACAGCUGUGCAGAAACUUUUCGCACUAAUAGCUAAGUAGCUAGCUAGCCAGUUAUAUGCAAAUACUUUGGUACGUUAGAAUUAUAAAGUAGCCAAUUUUGCUAUCCCCUACAUUACCUAGCUAGCUAUGAAUGCCAACAAAUGGCUAGGUAACGUUAGCUGCAUAAUAUAAGGCAUGGCUGUUCCUGCUCUGAAGAUGGACCAACAGGUCGACGACGACAGGGAUUUCUUCCCCACUGCUGUAUCGGAUAAAGUGCUCGUGGAGGCGCGGCGUAAACAGGCCAUCUGCCGCCUCUUUGGGUCCAGCAGCAUCUUCCUAUCAUCUGAAUGCCGGAGAGGGGACCGGUCUGAUCUCAUUAACGUUAUAACAAACAAAGCCAUCGAACACUAUGAGAAUGGAGAAGAGGCAAUGGCAGAGUCCCAAUUUUCAAAGGCUGUGACAUGCUUCGCCAAAGCCAUCAAUCUUCAGCCGAAACAGACCCAGCUCUAUGUGAGCCAGGCGGAGGCCUAUUUACAGUUAUGUGACUUUCAGUCUGCAGCUGUCAGCUACAGACAUGCCUGCCUCCUGGAGCCUCAGGCUAAGACCUUACACACACGCCUGGCAUUCAUCUAUUACCUACAGGGCCAAUGUUUGUAUGAUAAGGGCAUGUUCCUGGAUGCUCUGGAGUCGUUUGCCAAGGCUGCUGAGCUAAAGCCUAGCUGCAGGUCAUAUCACAUGAGGAGCCUGGCAUGUCUGACGGCCCUGGGCCGCUAUACUGACUGUCUGAGGCUGGUCAGCAACUGGCUGGAGGCAGACUCUCAGACCGCAGAUCUGUUCACCCUCAGAGCACGGCUCCACAAACAGCUCAGCCAGGUAAAAAUGUGCUACCAUGAUCUGAGGUCAGCUUUGGCCCUCAGUCCGUCGUGCCCAGAGGCAGGUGCCCUGCUGGACCAGCUAGAGGAGGCCAGUGAGAGGGCCAGGCAGCAGGCAGUCAGCAGGGCCCUGGCAGGGGAGCUCACAGAGGCCCUGACCAAGAUCAACAUGGCCCUGGAGCAUUGCCCUGAGACUGGGCAGCACUACCUCUUCAGGGGUAUUCUGUACCGCAGGCUGAAAGACUUUACUGCUGCCAUUGAGGACUUGGUCCUGGCUGUGGAGCUGAGUGAGGCUGGAGACGAGGGAGACCAGGGGUCGGAGCUGAGCGGACACACCCAGGAAGACUGGAGGGCCGUGCAGGAGGAGGCCCAGGUCCAGCUGGUGCUCACCUACAACGACUUUGCCGUGCAGUGCUUCUCCCGUAGCUUCUACAAAGAGGCAGUCAUGCUGCUCAACAAGGCCAUCGAGGAGCAGAAGGAGGAGAGUGGCCUCUAUAUCAACAGAGGAGACUGUUUCUUCAAGCAGGACGAGUGGGAGUUUGCCCUGGCUGACUACCAGCAGGCGGAGGAGAUUACUCCUGAUGACCAGUUCAUCUGGAUCCGCCUCGCUGUCAUCCACAACACCCUGGGAACAAACUGCUACCAGGACCGGAAGUACCAGGAGGCAGCUGACAAGUUCUCUGAGGCCAUCAAUUACAACCCUGGCGUUAGCCGGUACUAUGAGAACCGAGCCAAAGCCCACAGUAAACUGCCCAACGUGGAGGGGGCCAAGCAGGAUGCCAUCAGUACCCUCGUCCUGGACCCCACUAAUGAUCAGGUGGUCCCUCUGCUGCUGAGUCUGUUCCCAGGCUGCUCCGUGUCAGAGGUUCUGUCCAGUGAAACGGCCAGGACGGUCAAAGCCCAGCUGAUGGACAGCAUCCAGGCCUGCAAACAAUCUGCAUCCUCCGUGCUAAGAAUGUGCAGUGGGCUUGACAAGAUAACCCUGUCACAUGAUGCAGACAGCCAGUCUGACUGCCAAUCCUCAGAGGACCAGUUUGACCAGGGGGCGGAGCCUCCUAAAGCCUGUGUGGCCCCGCAGGACGUGUACCAGCAGAUUGUCAGCAUCAGCCAGCAGGUGAAGCGAGCAGUGCGAUUGGCCCUCGAAUGGCGGCAGCCUCUGCAGUAUGACGGGCCCCAUCUGGCCCCCGCCCGCACAGUGGAACAGGAGCAGUCUGCACUGGGCUCUAAGAACAGACCGUACCACUGGAGGAAGUUUGGGGGGUUUGGAGUGAAUUCCAAAUGAGCAGCAACACUAUGGCGUUUACUACUGUUAGGUUGACAUGGUGGAACUGUUGGUCCACUGUUGCUCUUCAGCACUCUGGGCUUGAGUGUGGCCAUUGUAAUGUAGAGGUUGUCAUGGUACCAUAUUGUUCGUAAUCCAACAGGUGUCAGUAGAGGCACAGUUUUCCUUAGUUCCACCUCACCUGUUUGGAUUUAAUUGAUCCAUUAAUCUAGAUUGUCAGGGCACAACGAUUUUGAUAUGGGAUUUUUGUUGUAUUGUUUAUGUCCAUAGAUAUGAUGAACAGGCAUAUGGAGACGUGAAGGGCGUGUGACAAAAGGGAAUAGGUGGGCCAGUUAGAUGAAGGCAGUUCAAUGAUAUGACAGAUAGAAAGGAUGGAGAUACUGUACUGUAGCUCUAUUGUGUCGGUUCUAUAAGCUUGAGAAUAUAGUUGAAUGGUAAUGCCAUUGUCUGAUGGGCAAUUUUUUAAACAGUAUACAGUAAAUCUUUAUUUUUAACAGAUUGUUUAGUGUUGGAAAUUUGUCUGAAAAGGAUGUUUUGCCAAAUUAAAAAAUAUUU